AUGUCAUAUUAUAAUUCUCUGAAAUCUCCUACAUAUUUAGCCUUUAUUUCUUAUCUCACCCCCCACCCAGCUGACACAAACUUGCAUAUACCUUGCAUAUCUAUCACAUCUGUCUAUAUCUAUCUAUCUAUCUAUCUCUUUUCACCAUUAAUUUUCAGUAUGUUCAUAUCUAUCUAUCUGUCUAUCUAUUGCAUAUGUUCAUAUCUAUCUAUCUAUCUAUCUCUUUUCACCAUUAAUUUUCACUGUUCAUAUCUAUCUAUCUAUCUAUCUAUCUAUCUCUUUUCACCAUUAAUUUUCACUUAUCUUCAUCUAUCUAUCUAUCUAUCUAUCUAUCUCUUUUCACCAUUAAUUUUCAGUAUGUUCAUCUAUCUAUCUAUCUAUCUAUCUAUCUAUCUAUCUAUCUAUCUCUUUUCACCAUUAAUUUUCAGUAUGUUCAUCUAUCUAUCAUCUAUCUAUCUAUCUAUCUAUCUAUCUAUCUAUCUCUUUUCACCAUUAAUUUUCAGUAUGUUCAUCUAUCUAUCUAUCUAUCUAUCUAUCUAUCUAUCUAUUGCAGUCUCUUUUAACUCUUGUUUAGAAAAUGAAGCAGAAAAAUAUUUAAAAACAAUUUAG